CUUUCUUUUUAUUUUAUUUUAUUUCUCUUACUUUGCAUUUAUCAAAUGUUCAAUCAUAAUUCUAGUAACGAUCACGAUUCUCAAAUAGUAAAAGAAGAUUUGAAAGAAAAUUUAUCAGAUAAUACAGAAAACGAUUCAUUAUAUCAAACGCAAUUAAAAGCCAUAAAAAUACCUUCUUCUUCUUCCGCAACUCAUUCUACGAAUAAUAAUUACAAUUAUUAUAAUACAAACAUCUCUUAUAUGUCAAGUCAUUUCCAAGACUUUUAUGAUGAUAUCUUGAGUUUUACAAGUGGUAAAUUUAUAAAGUGUACAUAUAAAAUAGUAUUGCAAAACUAUUUAAUCAUAUAUGCGUAUAUAUGCGUAUGUAUGUAUAUUUACUUUUUUUUUCUCCCUCCCCCUCGUAGAUCUUGAUCCGUCAUGUAAAUAUAAUGAGGAAGAUCCAAUGGAAGAUCCAUAUUUUAUGGCAUUCCUGACUUCAAUAUCAUCUAGUGAACCUACUUUAUCUUCUCAUCGAUAUCCAUCACAGCAACAACAAUUUGCAUUCUUACCGCAGCAGUUUGAAUAUUCCUUUAAUAAUGGCAGCAGCAGUAGUAGUGGUAGUCCUAAAUCAAUACCUUCUAUAAAAAAAAAGAAAAAGAGAUCCAGUUUAGAAGAAAGUGACAUGACUACACAAAAGAAGGCUACUUCAACUAAAAUUGGUUAUUGUGAACACCCGAAGCAUGUCUUUUAUCGACAAGAGAGACACAUGAGUUGUAGUAACGGUAAUGAAUCUGCAACUUCAGUUAUGAAGGCAACACCUCGUCGUGGAAGGCCACCCAAGGGUUCAAAGGCAACUGAUUUUAUUUAUUCUACAUCUCCUUCAUCCGCUUUUCUUCCUACAGACAGCUGUUAUCCUAUUGUUGAAUUAACCGUACGACCUUUACCUAAACGAUUAGAAGCAGUUGUAGGUAAAUCAAAUAUCAAAGUCUGUUUGACAUGUCUUAAAAGAUCUGAUUUGGAUCCUGAUUAUAUACACAAUGAAGCUUAUAUUGGUCCUCAGCAAUUAUCAAAACGACGAAAGUAAUGAUAGUAUAUGAAUUAUUUGUGUGUUUUUUUUUUAUAUACAUAUACAUAUACAAAUAUAAGGAUAUCUUGUUUAUUUUGCUAUUUUAAUAAUAAUAAUAAUAAUGAUAAUAAUAAUAAUGAUAAUAAAAAG